GGCAGGCAAGAUGGCGGCAGUCGCCAGCCCGACUUCCCUGGAGUCGGCUCCGCGCAUCAUGAGAUUGGUGGCCGAGUGUAGCCGCUCUAGGGCCCGGGCAGGGGAGCUGCGGCUGCCACAUGGGCCGGUGGCUACUCCAGUGUUCAUGCCAGUGGGCACGCAGGCCACCAUGAAGGGCAUCACGGCCGAGCAACUGGACGCGUUGGGCUGCCGCAUCUGCCUGGGCAACACCUACCAUUUGGGUCUGAGGCCGGGCCCCGAGCUGAUCCAGAAAGCCCGCGGUCUCCACGGCUUUAUGAAUUGGCCGCACAACCUGCUGACGGACAGCGGCGGCUUCCAGAUGGUGUCCCUGGUGUCCCUGUCCGAAGUGACGGAGGAGGGCGUCCGCUUCCGCUCCCCUUACGAUGGUGACGAGACCCUUCUGAGCCCCGAGAGAUCCGUGGAGAUCCAGAACGCGCUGGGCUCAGACAUCAUCAUGCAGCUGGAUGAUGUAGUCAGCAGCACUGUGACAGGGCCACGUGUGGAAGAGGCCAUGUACAGAUCAAUCCGCUGGCUGGACCGGUGCAUUGCAGCCCAUCAGCGGCCGGACAAACAGAACCUCUUCGCCAUCAUCCAGGGUGGGCUGGAUGCGGAUCUCCGGGCCACCUGCCUCGAAGAGAUGACCAAGAGAGACGUGCCAGGCUUCGCCAUCGGGGGCCUGAGUGGGGGUGAGAGCAAGGGCCAGUUCUGGAAGAUGGUGGCGCUGAGCACCUCAAGGCUGCCUAAGGACAAGCCCCGAUACCUGAUGGGGGUCGGCUAUGCCACUGAUCUGGUGGUCUGCGUGGCUCUCGGAUGCGACAUGUUUGACUGCGUCUUCCCCACACGGACAGCGCGCUUUGGCUCUGCCCUGGUGCCCACGGGGAACCUGCAGCUGAAGAAGAAACAGUAUGAGAAAGACUUCCGCCCCAUAGACCCAGAGUGUGCCUGUCCCACCUGCCAGAAGCACAGCCGGGCCUUCCUGCACACGCUGCUCCAUAGCGACAACACCGCGGCCCUGCACCACCUCACUGUCCACAACAUCGCCUAUCAGCUGCGGCUGAUGAGCGCUGUGCGCGCCAGCAUUGUGGAGAAGCGCUUCCCCGACUUCGUGAGGGACUUUAUGGGCACCAUGUAUGGGAACCCCACCCUCUGUCCCUCCUGGGCCACUGAAGCCCUGGCCUCUGUGGGAAUCACACUGGGUUGACCCCGCUUGGGGGAGGGAGGGAGGGAGGGCAUGGGAGAUACUGAAGGAUUUUUUUUUAAAAAAUUAUAACGUAGAGUGUGUCCGUGUCUUCUUGGGGAGGUGGCCUGUCUAGGUUCCCUUCCUGGUCUGAGUGUCACUGGGGCCCAUGUCCCCCCCCCACCCCCAAUUGAUAAUAAUAACAAGUAACCAUAGCAGCAGUUGUUAUCUGGAAACUGAGCAUGUAGGAAGUGCUCAGAGUGGGAGCUGCAUUCCUUUCCUGUGGCUCAGGCCCCCCAGCCAUCCUGGGGGUGCGGAAACAGGUCCAGAGAGGGGGAAGUCACUUGCCAAGGUCACCAUCAAGGAAGAAGCAGCUGGGCUCCAAAGCUCUGGUUCUUGACCUUGACUCUUCAGACAUGUGGCUUAAUCUAGUUGUCAGUAAACACAGUGAUGAUAACAUGUGUGAUCUAGAAGGUACUUAUACUGUGCCUGGCACUGUUCUAAAUGGUCGUCAAGUGUAUUUAAUUCUUGCAACUUUAUGGUUCCCCAUUUUACAGAUGAGGAAACUGAGAAAUGAAGUCACUUGGUCAUUAUCACCCAGCAAAUAAACAGGCCUAGGAUCUAAUCCAGAUAUGGCCAAUUACAGAGCUGGUGGUGCUCUUAGAAGCUACAGUUUUUUAAACUGAAAAAGUAACACGUGUAGGAUCUACAAUUUAAAUAUCAUAAAAAUGCAGCUACUUUUAUAAAUUUGUGUAUUCCAUAAAUUUUCCAUGUGUACAUUUUUUCAUGAAUGUCAGCAUCCUUUACAUGCAGUUCUGUACCUUGCUUUUUUCCCUUCUCUUAGUGUAUCUCAAAUUGUUUACAUGUCAGUACAUGAAA